GACUGCAGUGGAGACUUCACAUCUGCAGAAACAGCAAAAACCCUCUUAAUGGCAUCAACACGUUUACAGAAGAUCAAAGAGCUGAAGAUGAAUGAGGAUAUAUAUGCAAAUUCAGGAAUUACAGACAACAGCAAUGAUUAUGAGGACAUCUACGCCAAUGAAGAUGAUGUCGCAGAGACGAGUGUCACCAGAAGCCAUAAAGGAACUAUGACCUCAGUUUCCAGAGUCAAUACGGUAGAAAGAAGAUACUGCAGACUGACUGCAGUGUGUCUGGGGCUGCUGUGUGUUCUCCUGCUGACUGCCAUCACAGUGCUGUGGAUCAAGUUCAACAACCUGACUACAGAGAGAGACCAGAUACAGACCAGCUACAUCAAUCUGACUAGAGAGAGAGACCAGAUACAGACCAAUAAUGAGAACAUGGCAAAUGAGAUGGGCCAAUUACAGAAAGAAAAGGAAACGCUUCAGAAGAAUUUGGCAGAAUUAGAGCAAGAAAAGAAAACUUCCAGUUUCUACUACAUCUCUACUGAGAAGAAGAGCUGGAGUGAGAGCAGAAAGUUCUGCAGAGAGAGAGGAGCAGACCUGGUGAUCAUAAACAGCAGAAAGGAACAGGAGUUCAUCAGUGAAGCAUUUGGCAGCUCUGAAUCUUGGAUUGGUCUGACUGAUGUUGACACAGAGGGGGUCUGGAAUUGGGUGGACAAAUCAACACUGACCGCUAAGUUCUGGUGGACAGGGGAACCCAAUGAUUAUGGAGGAAAUGAGGACUGUGCUGUAACUGGCUAUAAAUAUCCUGGAUCUGAACGAGUCUCAACCUGGGCUGAUUAUCCCUGUGAUCGUCCUGCAGUUGGAAUCUGUGAGAAAAGAUUUUAGUUUAGUCUACAUGAGGGUGAACAGCAGGACCUGAGUUUGUCUGUAUGUUUAAGAUUAUAUAUGAAAUAUAUUUUACACUCAUACAGCAUUUAUCUUACAUUUUUGAAAAAAUAUGGAUUUACUUGCAUCAAAGAAAAUAGUAAACUUUUGAAUUCUGCGUGAACUUUAGUAGCAAAUCAGUUACUGCCUGACAAGCUUUUGAGCCUGGCACAGGCUACAGGGACGGUUAAUCUUUUAUGCUAAUGGAGCUGUAGUUCAUGACGCUGCGUCAUGGGGAAAUUAGUCAUUUCUUCAUCUGAAUGUUAUGAAAACAGAGGAUAUGGUUGUUGAUUUUAGGAAGUCUUUAACACAGCCCAUACCUACAUUCAUGAUUCUGAUGUUAGCUGUGUUUAACUACUACUGUCAUUAGUUACUACUGUCAAACCUGCCACUGUCAUCGUAUGUCACCUUUGCCACAAGACAGUUCCUGAAAAUUCUGUAUAUUUAAAAAAAUGAACCUUUUAAGACUGUUUUUAAGCAGCUUUGACCGUUGAUGU